AUGGCUUCUGAAUUACCCCCAUCCAAUGGGUACGCCGCCGAAGGUGACGUGGCGAACCGUCAAAAGGUGAAGGAAGGCUUGGCCCGGAUGCUGAAGGGCGGUGUCAUCAUGGACGUGGUGAAUGCAGAGCAGGCACGAAUCGCCGAGGAAGCGGGCGCAGCGGCCGUUAUGGCUCUGGAGAGAGUACCAGCCGACAUCCGAGUACAGGGAGGAGUUGCGCGUAUGUCGGAUCCGAAAAUGAUCAAGGAGAUCAUGGAUACGGUUACAAUUCCGGUCAUGGCCAAGGCCCGGAUUGGUCAUUUCGUCGAAUGCCAGAUCUUGGAAGCGAUUGGUGUCGAUUAUAUCGACGAGUCCGAAGUCCUCACCCCGGCCGACCAUAUCCACCACGUCGAAAAGGCCUCGUACCGCGUCCCCUUCGUGUGCGGUUGCCGAAAUCUGGGAGAAGCUCUCCGACGCAUCAGCGAAGGCGCCGCCAUGAUCCGAACCAAGGGCGAGGCCGGCACCGGUGAUGUGGUUGAGGCCGUGAAGCACAUGCGGACGGUGAACGCGGAGAUCGCGCGGGCCGCGGGCAUGUCGGACGAGGAACUUCGGUUAUUCGCCAAGGAAAUCGGGGCGCCGUUCGAGCUGCUGAAGAAGACCGCCGAGUUAAAGAGGUUGCCGGUGGUCAACUUUGCGGCAGGCGGCGUGGCCACCCCGGCAGAUGCCGCUCUCAUGAUGCAAUUGGGAUGUGACGGCGUGUUUGUUGGGUCGGGCAUUUUCAAGUCGGGAGACGCCGCGAAGAGGGCAAAGGCGAUCGUUCAGGCCGUGACCCACUUCAGGGACGCGAAGCUGCUCGCAGAAGUGAGCAUGGAUAUCGGUGAGGCCAUGGUGGGAAUCAAUGUCGAGAAAUUGCCGGAGGCCGAGAGACUGGCGGUGAGAGGGUGGUGA